AAAGGACUACAAUCAACUCUCUCUCUACAAUCAGCAAGAGUUUACCACACCGGUGGGGACAAGUUAACAUUUAAGAACCUUGGAGAAAGAAAAGACUCCUUCCACUUUAAUUAUACAUUUUACUGAGUUUAAUUUCAGGAAAAAAGUGUGCUUUUUGUUCUCUGUUCCACUUGAAGCCGUUAACAGGGAUCUCCCCACCUGGAUGUUACGUGCUUAAGCAUUUGAAUAUUGUGGUGUUCGCUCUUGGGAAUAACAGUCAAGGGAAGAAAAACACGUUUGGGUUAUAAGAAAAGGAUUAAUAUUUCACCUUUCGGAUUUUUGUGGAAUUUUAUUCUUAUGGGUUUUAGUCUAUGAUUGCGUAAGAGAGCAGAGCAGGGACCAGUGGGGGAGCAGUGCCAACCUGGAACAUGGUGCCUAAUAUUUGCCCGUCAGUACCCCUCCUGCCUAUCGGGCUGCUUCUUCUGCUACUGCUGAGCUGUGUGCAGUUCUCCUCUCAGGCAGACAGCUUGCCAAAUUUCAUCAAAUCUCCAGAGGACCAGACAGGGAUUUCAGGAGGAGUGGCUUCUUUUGUGUGCCAAGCAGCGGGUGAGCCCAAGCCACGGAUCACAUGGAUGAAGAAAGGAAAGAAAGUUAGCUCCCAGCGCUUUGAGGUGAUUGAAUUUGAUGAUGGCUCGGGCUCAGUUCUUCGCAUCCAGCCACUGCGCACUCACAGAGAUGAAGCCAUCUAUGAGUGCACGGCCACCAACAGUGUGGGAGAAAUCAACACCAGUGCCAAACUCAUCGUGCUGGAAGAAAACCAGAUUCCUCAUGGCUUCCCCACCAUUGACAUGGGCCCUCAGCUGAAAGUGGUGGAGCGCACAAGAACCGCCACAAUGCUCUGUGCUGCCAGUGGAAACCCUGAUCCAGAGAUCACCUGGUUCAAGGACUUCUUGCCUGUAGACAUCAACAGCAGCAACGGGCGAAUCAAACAGCUUCGUUCAGGGGGUUCACCGAUACGAGGUGCUCUGCAGAUUGAGAACAGCGAUGAAUCGGACCAGGGCAAGUAUGAAUGUGUGGCUACGAACAGCGCUGGGACACGGUACUCCGCCCCGGCCAAUCUCUACGUGCGAAUACGGCGAGUACCACCCCGUUUCUCCAUCCCACCCACAAAUCAUGAGGUGAUGCCAGGGGGCAGCGUCAACCUCACCUGUGUGGCAGUUGGUGCCCCCAUGCCGUAUGUCAAAUGGAUGGCUGGUGAGGUGGAGCUCACCAAGGACGAGGAGAUGCCGGUUGGACGCAAUGUGCUGGAGCUCACCAACAUCCGGCAGUCUACAAACUACACUUGCGUGGCCAUCUCAUCUCUUGGUUUGAUUGAGGCAACUGCACAAGUAUCUGUCAAAGCUCUCCCAAAGCCUCCUACAUCCCUAAUUGUGACGGAAACUACAGCCACAAGUGUUACACUUACAUGGGACUCUGGAAACCCUGAGCCCGUGUCAUACUACAUUAUUCAGUACCGGGCCAAGACCUCGGACACCAAUUUUCAGGAGGUGGACGGUGUUGCCACCACACGUUACAGCAUCGGUGGUCUCAGCCCUUAUUCGGAGUAUGAAUUCCGCGUCAUGGCUGUCAAUAACAUUGGACGGGGACCACCCAGUGACCCCGUCGAGACACGGACGGGCGAGCAGGCGCCUUCCUCUCCACCACUGCAUGUCCAGGCACGUAUGCUAAGUGCGAGCACCAUGUUGGUGCAGUGGGAACCUCCAGAGGAACCUAAUGGUCAAAUCAGAGGCUAUCGCAUAUAUUACACAUCUGACCUGGACGCUCCUCUCAGUGCAUGGCAGAAGCACAACACAGACGACAGCCGUCUCACCACCAUCUCAGGCCUAAUCACGGACAUUACCUACAGUCUACGCGUGCUUGGGUUCACUUCUGUUGGGGACGGACCCCCUUCUGAUGUGUUGCAGGUCAAGACACAGCAAGGAGUCCCUGCUCAGCCAUCCAGCUUUGAGGCUGAGGCAGAGUUGGAUACACGGAUCCUGCUAACUUGGUUGUGGCCCGUUCAGGACCCUAUCAUUAAAUAUGAGCUGCUGUAUUGGGAGGCCGACUCAGACAACAAGAUCCAUGUCACCUUCAACCCAGCCGGUUCCUAUGCUGUGGAAGGCCUGAAGCCAGACACUCUGUAUAAAUUCUCCUUGGCGGCGCGCUCGGAAAUGGGCCUGGGGGUGUUCACACAGCCCAUUUAUGCCAGGACUGCCCAGUCCACCCCCUCUGCCCCUCCUCAAGACGUGCACCUGUACAGUAUGAGCUCCACCAGCAUCAAGGUGAGUUGGGUGGCCCCACCAGCCGCUAGUCGCCAUGGCGCUAUUGUGCGCUACACAGUCAGCUACCAGGCGGUAAAUGGUGAAGACUCCGAGCGCCAUGAGGUGACAGACAUCGGAGCGGAUGCCUCCAGCUAUUUACUGGAGGGACUGGAGAAGUGGACAGAGUAUCAGGUGUGGGUGAGAGCGCACACCGAUGUGGGCCCUGGCCCAGAGAGUGCAGCUGUGCGUAUCCGUACCAACGAGGAUGUGCCGGGAGCCCCACCUCGGAAAGUAGAAGUGGAGGCUGUGAACUCCACAGCUAUUCGUUUGACAUGGAAGCCGCCUCUUUCUGGGAAGCAGCAUGGCCAGAUUCGGGGAUACCAGGUCAUCUACUCCCGUUUGGAGAAUGGAGAGCCACGUGGGCAUCCAAGCAUUAUGGAUGUCGCACUGCCAGAGGCACAGUGGAAAAUGGAAGAGUCCACGGAAUAUGAGGCCGUCAUCACCGGACUUAUCUACGAGACCUCUUACUCUGUUACCGUGGCAGCGUAUACAACCAAGGGUGAUGGAGCACGCAGCAAAGCCAAAGUCAUCACCACCACUGGAGCAGUGCCUGGCAUGCCCACCAUGAUCAUCAGCACCACCAUUGGCAACACAGCUCUGAUCCAGUGGCAGCCUCCUAAGGAGAUGGUGGGUGAGUUGAUUGGCUACCGACUACGGUACAAGCGUCUGGAAGAAGAGACUUAUGAAGUCCGUGAGUUUGCAAGUUCAGAUGACCACCACACUGCCACAGACCUGCACAAGGGCGCCACCUACAGCUUUCACCUGAGCGCCAGGAACAGGGCGGGUGUCGGAGAAGAGUACAUCAAAGAGAUCAGCACUCCAGAGGAUGUGCCCAGCGGGUUCCCGCUCAAUCUGCGUGUCGUGGGCCUGACCACCUCCACCACCCGUCUGGCCUGGGACCCCCCUGCCAUGUCUGAGCGAAACGGCCGAAUCACGCAGUACGUAGUUGUGUACCGUGACAUCAACAGCAAGCAGCACAGCACCAACCAUACCUCUGACACCCAGAUGACCAUCCAGGGGCUUCGGCCAGACACCACCUAUGAUAUCCGUGUACAAGCCUUCACCAGCAAGGGAGGAGGUCCCAUUAGCCCCAGCAUCCAGAGCAGGACCAUGUCUACAUCACCUGCAUUUGCCACAAGUUUUGGUGUUAAAGCUGUGAUGAAAACGUCAGUCCUUCUCACCUGGGAGGUUCCAGAAAACUACAAAUCCCAAGUGCCUUUUAAGAUCCUGUAUAACCAGCAGAGCGUGGAGGUGCAGGGCAACCUAAAGAGGAAGCUAAUCACGAGACUGCAGCCGGAUACGGAUUACUCCUUCGUGCUGAUGAGCCGAGGGAACAGUGCUGGCGGUCUGCAGCAGCAAGUCUCAAUUCGCACAGCUCCAGACCUGUUAAAGACCAAACCAGCCCUGUACAAACCAGACCAGACCAGCACCGGUAAACUUGCCAUCAACAUGCCUAAGGUGCCCACAACAGCUCCCGUCAGGUGGUACUACAUUGUGGUCGUGCCGGUAUCUCUUACAUCUUCACGAAAGUGGGCGAACCCUGAUGAAAUGGAGCUUGAUGAACUUCUUGAGUCUAGUGAGGGAGCUCUGAUCAGGAGACGACGUCAUGCAGACACCAUUAGGCCAUACAUCACCGCUAAGCUUGCUUCUCUCCCAGACACCUUCACUCUGGGCGACGAGAAGACGUACAAUGGUUUUUACAAUCGUCCUGUUCCUAACAACCAGCCCUACCUUUGCUUUGUCAUGGCCGAACUCAAGGACCAGUACCCUGUUACCGGCAAUGAGAAGCAGCGGAUCUUCUCGGCCAGCCCGUACUCAGACCCCAUCACAGUGCCAAUGGAUAAUGGCAGUGUGCUGCGUAGUGUGGAGCAACCUGAGAUGCUUUGGGUUAUGGGCCCUGUGCUCGCCGUGGUGCUUAUCAUCAUUAUUGUCAUCGCCAUCCUGCUCUUCAAGAGGAAGAGGGCAUCACCCCUACCUAAAGAUGAUCAUUCAGGUGGUGUGAAGGAUUGUCUUCUGGCCAGCUCGUCUGAUCCAGUUGAAAUGAGGAGACUCAACUACCAGACACCGGGAAUGAGGGAACACCCUCCCAUCUCUGUCUGUGACCUGGCAGACCACAUUGAGCGACUCAAGGCCAACGACGCCCUUCGCUUUUCCCAAGAGUAUGAGUCCAUUGAUCCAAGCCAGCAGUUCACAUGGGAACACUCCAAUUUGGAGGUCAACAAGCCAAAGAACCGUUAUGCCAAUGUUAUUGCUUAUGACCACUCGAGGGUCGUUCUUACUCCUGUGGAUGGUGUUCCAGGUAGUGACUACAUUAAUUCUAACUACAUUGAUGGCUACCGUAAGCAGAAUGCCUACAUCGCCACACAGGGCCCUCUGCCUGAGACUCUGAGUGACUUCUGGAGGAUGGUUUGGGAGCAGAGAGCCAGUACCAUUGUUAUGAUGACCAGAUUGGAAGAGAAGUCCAGGGUAAAGUGUGACCAGUAUUGGCCCAUUCGUGGCACAGAGACUUACGGAAUGAUCCAAGUCACCAUGCUUGAUGCUGUCGAGUUGGCCACUUACAGUGUGCGCACCUUUGCCCUUUACAAGAACGGCUCUAGCGAGAAACGUGAGGUCAGGCAGUUCCAGUUCAUGGCCUGGCCGGACCACGGAGUGCCUGAAUACCCAACCCCCAUCCUAGCCUUCCUACGCAGGGUCAAAGCCUGCAACCCUCCUGAUGCAGGACCCAUGGUAGUGCACUGCAGUGCUGGAGUGGGCCGCACAGGAUGCUUCAUAGUCAUUGAUGCCAUGCUGGAACGUAUGAAGCACGAGAAGACUGUAGACAUAUACGGCCAUGUCACUUGCAUGAGAGCCCAGAGGAACUACAUGGUGCAGACGGAGGACCAGUACAUCUUUAUCCACGAGGCCCUGCUGGAGGCUGCCACCUGCGGUAACACUGAGGUUCCCGCCCGAAACCUGUAUGCACACAUCCAGAAACUCACCCAGCCACCACCUGGAGAGACAGUCACAGCCAUGGAGCUGGAAUUUAAGAGGCUUGCCAACUCCAAAGCCCACACCUCACGAUUCAUCAGUGCCAACCUGCCCUGCAACAAGUUCAAGAAUCGGCUGGUCAAUAUUAUGCCCUUUGAGUCCACACGGGUGUGCCUGCAGCCAAUCAGAGGAGUGGAGGGUUCUGACUACAUCAAUGCCAGUUGCAUCGAUGGAUACAGACAACAAAAGGCCUAUGUUGCCACUCAGGGUCCUCUAGCGGAGACCACUGAAGACUUCUGGAGGAUGUUAUGGGAGCACAAUUCUACUAUUGUAGUGAUGCUGACCAAACUCAGAGAGAUGGGACGGGAGAAGUGCCAUCAGUACUGGCCUGCUGAGCGCUCUGCCCGCUAUCAGUACUUCGUGGUGGAUCCCAUGGCUGAAUACAACAUGCCGCAGUACAUCCUGCGAGAGUUCAAAGUCACAGAUGCCAGAGAUGGCCAAUCCAGAACCAUUCGCCAGUUCCAGUUCACCGAUUGGCCGGAGCAGGGAGUGCCAAAAACCGGUGAAGGAUUCAUUGAUUUCAUUGGCCAAGUUCAUAAAACUAAGGAGCAGUUUGGGCAGGAUGGACCAAUCACUGUGCACUGCAGUGCUGGAGUGGGAAGGACAGGUGUUUUCAUCACUCUUAGUAUUGUGCUGGAGAGGAUGAGAUAUGAGGGUGUGGUGGAUCUGUUCCAAACCGUCAAGACUCUGCGCACACAAAGGCCUGCCAUGGUGCAGACAGAGGACCAGUACCAGCUGUGCUACAGAGCAGCGUUGGAGUACCUGGGGAGCUUUGAUCACUAUGCAACGUAACCAACCAUGGACUACAGCCCUCUGGUACAACUCUUCAGAAGUGCACCAAGUGUUCCUUCUGAGCCCCCAUUCCUCCGCCCCAUCCUGUACAGAUAUCUGGGGUGGGGGUGGGAAGGGCAGGCUAUCCAGUGGCUGGUUAACCAAUCACAGCAGUCCGUUAUUGACUGGCACCAAGAGAUUGCUUUAAGAAAUAUAGACAACUCUCUUUCAAGAAGCAACAUCUAAAAACUAUAUUCUAGUUUCUCUUUAGCGUACGCCAAGGCUACUGGUAGCACUAAUUAUUUUUCUUUCCUUUUUGGCCUUUUUUUUUUUUUUAAAUCACAAUUACCAUUUGUUAUUAUUUUGAAAUUCAGUAUGACAAUAUUGUUUUUAUUUGUAUUUAGUUUUUAAUAAUCUUUUAACAUCUUUUGUCUUAAUGGCCUUUUUCUGUGGGUCUACCUUUACCUUAAUUGGUACUGUUAUUCUGUUUUUUUCUUUAUAAUAGGUUAUUUUAGCACAAGAACAUGUAUUUUUAACAUGUUCCUGAUACUAAUACCAGAGAACCACUGUUCUCUAAGCUGCUGAUGGUUUGACUUCGUAACAUGAUUUUAUUUUAUUUUUCUUUAUGUAUAAUUGGUCUUAUUGGGUUAAAAAGAGCGGGUUCCCUUUGGAGAAGCCUUUAAUGUUCUGUCUCUCUCUACUGAAAAAAGAAAUAUCUCAAACUGCAAGAGGUAUGCAUUCAGUUUAGUGGUAAUUAAAAAACACUUUGCUAGAGGAAAACAAGUCUGCUAACUAACAAAAUCAGCACUGUACAGAACGCAGUAGGGAUUAAAUAUGAUGAUUUGUGAAGAAUAAAUUGCGACUUUUGAUCUGAUUGGAGUUCAUUCACCGUGAGGGAUGUUGGGAGGGAUUGAACACACAGUCUAUGAUGAAAUGUGACCCUCACUGCCCGCUUCUCAUCUUUGAAGACCUGAAAUUGUAAUGAGACCAAUCGCCACUGGCACCUGUACAAUAUAAACCACUCCCCCGAGGGAGAGUCAACUCUGUUAAUCCAACUCUUCUUUUUAUACAGAAAUAUAUAUAUAUAUAUAUAUAUAUAUAUAUAUAUAUAUAUAUAUAUAUAUAUAUAUACACAUAAAUUUAUAAUUAUGAAUAAAUAUAAAUACUAUUAUAGAUACAGUAUAAAAACUGCUUCUGCUCUAUUGUCAAUAAUUCUCUCAAAAAAUAAUCCUGGAUUUUCUUGAUAUUCCAACAUAUAGAAAACUACACAAGAGACUGCUGUCUGUGAAUCUAUUAAUGGUACAAAGUUUUAUCUACUGUAUUAUCUUAUCUAAGCACCCCAGGUUUGGUGGUCUCCUCGGUUGGCGUGGGGCAGCACAAUUUAAGUGAAAAAUAAACUCUUCAACAGAACGUCAUUUCAUGCCUGCUCAUUUACAACUGGCACGUUAAAGGGAGACCUGGUCAUACGUUCAGAAUAAUGUUGGCAAGUACAUUUUUACCUUGUGAAUGAUUAGUGCUGUAGAGGUUCAGUCUGUUGUAUACACAGUCUGUUUUCUAUUUGUUAAUAAGAAAACUGGAAUAAAAAAUGUUGCAGGAAAACACUCAAUGUUAAUAAAGUUCAACAAUUGGUUUUUGUACAAAA